CUCCUUCAUCCCCACACCUCCCUUUCGUUGCCCUCUGUUGAAUUAAGCAGACCCUUAAGACUCCGUCUAACUCUGAUUUCAUUUCAAGCAAAUUAAUUUAUGGCGAAACCAUCUGAAACCAAAGAGUUACACUCACAAGACUCGUCAACUUCAUCGCAAGAUCACCACAACUGGAUCACCGAGCAAAAUACUCUCAAAGAUAAACUCAUCACAGAGGAUUGUUUCACAUGGAAAUUAUCACAAGAAUCCGAAGAAAGAUUGAGAUACGUUGGUGGCGUUGAUAUAAGCUUCUCAAAGAAUGAUUCAUCAAUGGCUUGUGCCACCCUUGUUGUAUUGGACUUCAACACUCUCCAAAUUGUGUAUCAAGAUUUCUCUUUCGUCACUCUUCGUGUCCCUUAUGUGCCUGGCUUCCUUGCCUUUCGAGAGGCUCCAGUUCUUCUAGAUCUUCUGGAGAAAAUGAAAAGGACUAAUAAUCCUUUCUACCCUCAGUUGUUAAUGGUUGAUGGAAAUGGAAUACUUCAUCCCCAAGGUUUUGGCCUUGCCUCUCAUAUUGGAGUUACAGCCAAUCUUCCAACGAUUGGGAUUGGAAAGAAUUUGCAUCAUGUGGAUGGUCUCGAUAAAUCUAGAGUGAUGAAACUUCUUGAAGCCAAAGAAAACUCUUCAAAAGAUUUUAUUACUUUGGUGGGUAGCUCCGGGCGUACAUGGGGAGUGGCCAUGAGAUCUAAACAGAGAUCCUUAAAGCCAAUAUUUGUAUCAAUCGGUCAUAGAAUAUCACUCCAGACUGCCAUUACGAUCAUUCAGAUGACUUGCAAGUAUCGUAUCCCAGAGCCAAUUAGACAGGCUGAUAUAAGUUCCAGAGACUACAUUCGGAAGAUUGAAAUGAGUGCCGUCGGUCUGAACUAAUUUCACUGAUAUGCAAAAUUGUUUUAAUCAAUUCUUGAACACCUAAAAGGAUGCUAGCACUUACUGUAUACUACCAUGGAUUAAGGUAGACAUUUUACGGAGUAAAUUGUAGCAACAAACAUAGAUUUCAAGUGCAGAAAUGUAUGUAAAUAAACUCAAGAUUAUGAAUAUGCUUUUCAUUUCAUAUAUUUUGAAGUCAAUGAAUGUACUAUAUUACUUGACACAAUUUAAAUCCCAAACUUGUAUUGGAACAGCCUUUUCAUCAGA